CCAUACAGCCUAGGGUGGGAACUUAUUAGCUUGUUUGCUGUGCUUAGGCGCGUCUUGCUAAGUUACCUAGUUUUUUCGCUCAGUUGAAAGAUUGCAUUCUAUAAAGCUUGCAAUGCAAAAAAACCCGAUCAAAUUCUGCUCACCAUUUGUAGUUUUUUUUUAUGAGCCUAAGUGUUUUAACUUGUUCUAAUUAAACCCAAGGUCAGUUUUGCGACAAGAAGCACCUGUUCGAGUGGAGUGGAGAAGUGCUCCUUCAUUGGAAGACUUUGAAAAACGACCUUUGUGCUCAAUGCAGUUCAGCUGUCGGUGCGGCUGUUCCUAGAGAUGGACACCCACUGGUGUCCGGCGUCAUAGAUCAGGUGGCAGCUAGCCUGUCAGUAAAGACGGGACACCCCAGCUGGGUCAAGUGUUGAGCAACAAACCGCGGCAGCCCGGUACGGUGGGUGAAGGUUUUCCCCUUGGCGUGGACACUGACAUGCCCGUGUUCGCCCAGGAUCCGGCUCAGUUCUCUAAGCAGAGGCUGAAGCUGGAGUUGGUCGCCAACAAUGUGGACCUGCCUCCGGGGGAGAGUAAGAAACAGGUGUACCUGGAUCUGUACAUGAAAUACGUGUCCAAGAAGGGCGCCGCCGAUUUCUCCAGCGAUGAGGAGGACCAUGUGCAAGGAAACAACGUCGAGGACCCCAGCGUGCAGGAGGAAGCGGAAGAGGCGGAACGGCAGGAGCAGGAAGCGGACGAGAUGGACGUCGCCCAGCUGACGGACGAUGAGCUGAAGGCACAGCUCCUGCAGUUUGGGGUGAAGGUCGGCCCGAUCGUAGCCUCCACUCGGGCUCUGUAUGAGAGGAAGUUGCAGAGGCUACUGGAUCCAGCUGCGCUGCCUGACCAGAACGGCACCAACGAGGCCGACCAGUACUCCGACAGCGAGGAAGAUGAGGAGGAAGAGGAUAAUCCAGGUGGCGAGUGCGAAGACCCGGGUCCGGAGCCGGUGGCCGUCGCCGUGGUGACGGGUUCGAGGCGCGGCCAGCUGGGAAGCAAGCAGACCCCGGUGCCCGAUUUUCUGACUGAGAUGUUUCCGGAUGCAGAUCGCACACCGACCGGGAUCAGUGCCACGCGGCGGCGGCCGAUUAAGGGGGCCGCGGGACGGCCCGUGCGGUACAAGUACCCCGACCUGCCCCUGAGCCCCGCCUCGCUGGAGAGGAGGGAGCUGCAGCGGCGGCUGGUCCCCGUCUGGGUCCAGGUCCUGGUCUUCCUGGGCGUGGCCGGCCUGCUCUACCUGGUCUACGGCGCCAUGGAGACGGGCCUGGAGAACCCCUUCGCCGCGCUGCUGGAGAACCUGAGCCAGGGGGCGGAGCUUGCCGAAGAGGAGCCGCCGCCCCUUCCCGAGCCGCAGGACGUUCCCGCCAACCUGCUCGCCGAGGAGUACUGACUCCUCCCACUCUGUGAAGAGUACUGACUCCUCCCACUCUGCCCUCUUUAUGUGUGUGAAGGGGGG